AAAUUAUUUUGCUAAAAAAAAAAAGCGAGAGAAAAGGAAAAACUGACGCCGGAUCACCAAAUUUACCACCGGAUCUUGUGCGGUCAGGCUAUCUUUUAUUUAUAUGUAAUUGCCUACAUCGCCACAAUAAAUUUCCAUCAUUAACCAAAAAGAAAACCAAAGAGGAAAACUCGGCUUUUUCUUUCGUGGCGAUCUCCUAUUGGUGAUACUAACCGAAGCGUAGAGUUAAAAAUAAGAUACAGAGCAGGGAACCAUUUCUUUGUCGAAUGCGAAAAAAUUGACCCCUUCUGGUUUUAUUCGCUACAAAAGUCCUUUGGCUGUAUUUUCACCAGGCUAAACGACCAACCCGAUCAGCGUUUCAGUUGUUUGAAAAAUGAUCAAGCUAUUUAAGGUCAAGGAAAAGCAGAGGGAAACUGCAGAAAAUGCUAAUGGGAAGGCGCCUGUAAAGAAGCAAAGUGCAGGAGAAUUACGCCUUCAUAAAGAUAUUAGCGAACUGAAUCUACCAAAAACAUGCUGCAUAUCAUUUCCCAAUGGCAAAGAUGACUUGAUGAACUUCGAUGUUUCCAUUCAGCCUGAUGAAGGUUAUUAUCUAGGUGGCACAUUUUUAUUCUCUUUCCAAGUUUCCCCCAUCUACCCCCAUGAGGCACCUAAGGUCAAAUGCAAGACAAAGGUGUACCACCCUAACAUUGAUUUGGAAGGAAAUGUUUGCCUCAAUAUUCUAAGAGAAGAUUGGAAACCUGUUCUGAACAUAAACACUAUAAUUUAUGGAUUGUUUCAUCUCUUCACGGAACCCAACUAUGAGGAUCCCCUUAAUCAUGAUGCAGCAGCUGUUUUGAGGGACAACCCCAAAAUGUUUGAGUCCAAUGUGAGAAGAGCAAUGGCUGGUGGAUAUGUAGGCCACACCUUCUUCCCUCGGUGUAUCUAGCUGCAACUUGUAUAAAAAGGCAUCCAUUUGCUUGAAGGUUCAACGGCUGUAUAUUCGGUUGUAAGACUAUCCUGUUGUUAGGAGACAUACCUUUGGGACUAUGUGAGGCAUACUUGGAGUCAGAGGUGUUUGUAUGCUGCUGUAACUUUAUCAUGUGUUUGUGAAAUUGGUUGGAUCAUUAUUAUUUUCUUUAUUUGAGUGAAACAAGUUCAGGGAUGUAGAACUUGAGACCUUUUUUUUAUCAUGUAUUUAUUUACUUCAUUUUUGCAAGCAAGAACAUGUAUUUUCCCUCAAUGGUAGGGAAAUCAUGCUUUUAUCCUGUGAACUAGCAAGAACAUGUAUUUUACCUUAAUGGUAGGGAAAUCAUGCUUUUAUCCUGUAAACUA